AUGCAAGUGGUACUGGUGGUGUGCCGAGUAGUCGCCAAACCUUCACGACUUUUGAGGAGAGGGAAAUUUGACUGUGGAGGGUCAUUCCAGUAUUCAGAAACAGUGCUUCAAUCUGAAGAGAGAGAAGAAGAUGUACUAGCUGGCAGCCAUCGCACUCAAACACCCUCACACAGACAUCAACAUUAUACAAUCAAUCUGCGAGAAAGAGUUCAAGGGUGCAGCAUGCACCUUCUACUCCGCCAUCUACCAGCAGGCGACGGUUACUAUCAACCCCGAGAUCUGGGGUAA